AGUGAGGGAGUAGUUGCAGGUGUUCUGGGGUUUAACCGCUGGCCACUUCAUUGCUUCGAGUCAAGGUAACUUUGUCUGGGCAACGCAAUUUUCCAGAUACUUCCACGCUCUCCUCGCCUCCUCUGCUCACCUAUCACGGAUUCCAUUUUUUUCCCUUUUUACCUCAUUUGACUCUUCCUUUUAUUCAGGGAUAUAUUUUUUUAACUUGUCCAAGAAAUUGAUGGUUGAAUGAUCUUAUUGAUUUUGAUUGAGUUUCUCCAAGCAUCAUGGCAUGGUACAAAAGAUCAAAAUUUGCUAUUGAUGCCUUUCGCAAUUUCGCAUCGAAGUUUUCACUCAAUAAUUCAGUUCAACAAGCUACCAUUCCAAGAACCAAACACUUCAACAAUUCUUUGGUACCAAAUGCUCUAGGCAAAUCUACUCCAUCUGGCUCCUCAACGAUCUUGAGAAAUUCAUGCUUUCAAUACGGCAUUAAGCAAAAUCAGUACAGUUACAGUAGCCCUUUUUUCGGUGGAGCUAGGAGAUAUUACUAUGUUGAUCGACACCAAAUUCAUCAUUUUCGUCCAAGGGGUCCUCACAGAUGGUUUCAAAAUCCAAGAACUGUUCUUAUUGUUGUCUUGGUUGGUACGGGAUUAGUGAUUACUGUUUACUUGGGUAAUUUAGAGACUAUACCCUAUUCUAAAAGAACCCAUUUUGUGCUUUUGUCUAAAGAUAUCGAGAGGAGAUUGGGUGAGUCUCAGUUUCAACAAAUGAAAGCGUCAUUCAAAGGGAGAAUAUUGCCUGCGAUACACCCGGAAAGUGUCAGGGUGAGAUUGAUAGCUACUGAGAUAAUUGAAGCUUUACAAAGAGGAUUGCGGAAAGAGCAAGUAUGGACUGAUCUUCACUACGCAUCGAAUGCAGUGGAAUCUGGCGAGACUAAUGGGGGACAUGAGACUUUGAUGGCAUUAAGUGAUAGUAACCCCGAGGCGAAGUGGAAUAAAGCGGAUGAGAUUCUUGAUGACAGUUGGGUUCAGCAAAGUAGAAAGAAGGGACAGGAGAAAGGGUCAGAGGCUGCAACGGGGCAUAUCGAAGGAUUGAAGUGGGAGGUUUUGGUUGUAAAUGAUCCUGUUGUAAAUGCCUUUUGUUUGCCUGGUGGGAAGAUUGUAGUUUUCACAGGGUUGCUCGAACAUUUUAGGACCGAUGCUGAAAUUGCAACCAUAAUUGGCCAUGAGGUUGGACAUGCUGUGGCUCGCCAUGCUGCUGAGGGAAUUACAAAGAACUUGUGGUUUGCAAUUAUUCAAUUGGUUCUUUAUCAAUUUGUUAUGCCUGAUGUCGUUAACACGAUGUCAGCCCUGUUCCUAAGGCUUCCAUUCUCACGCAGGAUGGAGAUGGAAGCAGAUUACAUAGGGUUGCUAUUGAUGGCCUCUGCUGGAUACAACCCUCGAAUAGCUCCCUCAGUCUAUGAGAAGCUGGGUAAAAUUUCAGGCGAAUCAGCCUUGAGAGAUUAUCUGUCUACUCAUCCUUCUGGGAAGAAGAGAGCGCAGUUGUUGGCUCAGGCUAAAGUAAUGGAUGAAGCCCUUACCAUAUAUAGGGAAGUGCAGGCAGGAAAGGGGAUUGAGGGUUUCCUAUAGAGGAGGAUGACAUGCACAGGCCGUGUGAGUGGUGAGCCGUCCAGAAGCCGAUGCAUGCAGCUUCUUCUAUGCAUACAGCUUCUCUUCGCAUCUUGAUUGAUUUUCAUUUCAAGUUCCAGUAAGUGAAGAUUAAGCAAGAUUGAAUCUCUGUUUUCACGAAAUUGUUGUUUUUGGAGAAUUGCAAUUCCCUUUCUUGGCUGCUGAAAUUGACUGUUCAAGAAGCAUGCUUAUUUCUGUAACCUUUCAAAUCCUGUGAAGUUUCUACAAAAUCGAGGAAGCAACUUGUAAAGCAACGUUCCAUCUUUCCAAGUGAAAUUGUGUUGUCUAUCAGCUACUAACUUUGUAAGAUUAUGUGUGAUCUGAUUGUUUUUUCUUUAGCAGUUUGAGGCAAUUAUCCAUCUUUUCCAAGAAUUUCUGGACGUCAUUAACAAUGUGUAUUGAA